GUGUGUGUGUGUGUGUCCGUCAGUAGGGGGCGCCUAUCCGCUCGUGGAGAGCGCCGCUCGCAGCGCAACAGAGUAUCGGAGCGAGACGCGGAGAGAGAGCAUGGGGCGCGCGGAUCGUCUGGAAUAAGAAACAUUUCCCAACACUUUCAAAAACUUUCUCAACUCGGCCGACAGAUAUGGAUAGCACCAUUUUGAGCAUAUUACUCCUGCAUACGGCGCUUGGAAGCGCAGGAGCCCAGUACACACCCGCUCAAAUGGGACAUGCGGAGAAAGGUGGCUGCUCCUUCGAUGACGGCCCAGCACAAUGCGACUACCAGCAGGAUCCUUACGACGACUUCGACUGGACACACGUCAGCGCUCAGGAAGUGCCAUACCUGCACUCUGACCUGCCCCAGGGCUCAUACAUGAUGGUGGACACCUCGCAGCAUGAUUACGGAGAAAAGGCUCGCCUGCAGCUGCCCGUGAUGAAAGAAAACGACACUCACUGCAUUGACUUCAACUAUCUCCUGUACUGCCCAGACGGCUCCAGCCCCGGGACACUCAACAUCCUGGUGAAGGUCAAUAAAGGGCCGCUGGCCAAUCCCAUCUGGAACGUCACUUCCUGCACAGGCAAAGGCUGGAUGAAGGCGGAGCUCGCUGUCAGCACUUUUUGGCCCAAUGAAUAUCAGGUCAUAUUUGAGGCAGAGGUGACAAACGGCAGACGAGGUUUCAUUGCCAUUGAUGACAUCCAGGUGCUCAGUUACCCAUGCGAUAAAUCACCUCACUUCCUGCGUUUGGGGGAUGUAGAGGUGAAUGCCGGACUGAACGCCACGUUCCAGUGCAUCGCCACUGUCCGUGAUGCCGUCAACAACAAACUCUGGCUGCAGCGGCGUAACGGAGAGGACAUUCCAGUGGCGGAGAAGAAAAACAUCAACCACAGGAAGUUUGCGGCCUCUUUCCGACUGAGAGAAGUGAGCAGCCAGGACCAAGAUCUGUACCGCUGCGUCACCCAAUCAGAGAGAGGAUCCGGCGUCUCCAACUUUGCUGGGCUCAUUGUCAGAGAGCCCCCGAGACCCAUCGCUCCACCUCAGCUGCUGGGUGUCGGCCCCACAUACCUGCUAAUCCAGCUAAACGCUAACUCCAUAUUUGGGGAUGGCCCCAUCGUCCUGAAGGAGGUGGAGUACAGGAUGACAUCUGGAAGCUGGACAGAGACCCACGCCGUCAACUCGCCCAAUUACAAGCUGUGGCACCUGGAUCCCGACACCGAGUACGAGAUCCGAGUGCUGCUGACCCGUCCGGGAGAGGGGGGAACCGGACAGCCCGGGCCGGCUCUCAUCACCAGAACCAAGUGUGCAGAACCCAUGCGGACCCCCAAGAGAUUGAAGAUCGCAGAGACGCAGGCGCGCUUCAUCGCCGUGGACUGGGAGUCGCUGGGCUACAACAUCACCCGCUGCCACACCUUCAACGUCACCAUCUGCUACCACUACCACAAAACCAACCAGAGCAAAGCCGACUGCCUGGAGAUGGACCCCAAAGCCCCCCGACACGUGGUGGGCAACCUGCCGCCCAACACCAACGUCAGCCUGAAGAUGAUCCUCACCAACCCUGAGGGACGCAAAGAGAGCGACGAGACCAUCAUCCAGACGGAGGAGGAUGUGCCUGGUCCAGUUCCUAAGGAGUUUGUGAAAGCGACUCCGUCGGAGGAUAAGAUCUCACUGCAGUGGAAAGAGCCUCUGGAGCCUAACGGCAUUAUAACCCAGUAUGAGAUCAGCUACAGUAGCGUGCAUUCGUUCGACCCGUCAGUGCCGUUGCUGCGGCCGCCUGUUCUGGUGUCGUUACCGUGGAACACGUCACGUCACAACUUCACACAGCUGCAUUCUGGAACCACCUACCAGUUCCUGAUCCGGGCCAGUACCAGCAAGGGAUACGGACCCCCAACCACACUCAACGUCACCACCAACAUAUCAGCACCUACUCUAGAGGAGUACGAUGGGUCGGAGGCGUCCCUGAACGAGACGGCCACUACCAUCACUGUCCUGCUGAAACCUGCCCAGGCUAAAGGAGCUCCUAUCAGCACCUAUCAGAUCGUUGUGAGGGAGAUCAACCCGCACCGUGCACGACGGGAGGCCGGCGGCGGGGAGUGUUACCGUGAGCCGGUGUCCUAUCAGAACGCAGCCAGCGCCGGGCUGCCGUAUUACUUCGCAGCGGAGCUCCUGCCCAGGAAUCUCCCAGAACCACUGCCGUUUACCGUGGGAGACAACAAGACGUACCAUGGCUACUGGAAUGCCCCCCUCGCACCCCGCAAAAACUACAACAUCUACUUUCAGGCAGUCAGCAGCGUGGAGAAGGAAAGUAAAACGCAGUGUCUGAAACUGGCUUUUAAAGGGGCCACAGAGGAGCCGGAAGUAAUUCCAGACCCGGCCAAACAGACUGACCAAGUGGUGAAAAUUGCCGGCAUCAGUGCUGCCGUGCUGGUCUUCAUUCUCUUGGUGCUCAUGGCCAUCCUGCUGGUGAAGAAGAGGAGGAGCUACUAUUCGUACUCAUAUUACCUGAAGCUCGCCAAGAAGCGCAAGGACGCCAUCGGAAACACCCGUCAGGAGAUGACGCACAUGGUCAACUCCAUGGAUCGCAGUUAUGCAGACCAGAGCACUCUGCACGCUGAGGAGCCCAUGUCCGUCACCUUCAUGGACUCGCACAACUUCAGCAACCGCUUGCCUAAUGACCCUCUCGUGCCAACAGCUGUCUUAGUGCCUAUCACUGACGAGAACCACACAGCGGCGGCAGAGAACAGCAGACUGCUUGACAUCCCACGCUACCACUGCGAGGGCACCGAGUCACCCUAUCAGACCGGACAGCUCCAUCCUGCCAUACGGGUGGCCGACCUGCUGCAGCACAUCAAUCUGAUGAAGACCUCAGACAGUUACGGCUUCAAGGAGGAGUACGAGAGCUUCUUUGAGGGUCAGUCUGCUACCUGGGAUGCAGCAAAGAAAGAGCAAAAUCGAACGAAGAAUCGAUACGGGAACAUCAUUGCAUACGAUCAUUCUCGAGUGAUCCUGCAGCCAAUGGAAGACGACCCGUCCUCCGACUACAUAAAUGCCAACUACAUUGAUAUUUGGCUGUACAGGGAUGGAUACCAAAGGCCCAGCCAUUACAUCGCAACUCAAGGUCCUGUCCACGAGACGGUGUACGACUUCUGGAGGAUGAUCUGGCAAGAGCAAUCAGCUUGUAUCGUCAUGGUAACCAACCUAGUGGAGGUGGGCCGGGUGAAAUGUUAUAAGUACUGGCCAGAUGAUGCUGAAGUUUAUGGAGAUUUUAAAGUGACAUUUGUGGAGGUUGAGCCGCUCGCAGAAUACGUUGUCAGGACUUUCACUCUGGAGAGGAGGGGUUUUAAUGAGGUGCGAGAGGUAAAGCAGUUUCACUUCACUGGCUGGCCUGAUCAUGGAGUACCGUAUCACGCUACAGGAUUGUUGUCAUUUAUCCGGCGAGUCAAGAUGUCCAACCCUCCCACCGCUGGGCCAAUUGUCGUCCACUGCAGUGCGGGAGCCGGCCGGACAGGAUGUUACAUCGUGAUUGACAUCAUGCUGGACAUGGCAGAGAGAGAGGGGGUGGUGGACAUCUACAACUGCGUCAAAGCUCUGCGCUCCAGACGAAUCAACAUGGUUCAGACUGAGGAGCAGUACAUUUUCAUCCACGAUGCCAUCCUGGAGGCGUGUUUGUGUGGCGAGACGGCGAUUCCCGUGUGCGAGUUCAAAGCCGCGUACUACGACAUGAUCCGCAUCGAUUCUCAGAGCAAUUCUUCUCACCUCAAAGACGAGUUCCAGACGCUGAACUCAGUGACUCCUCAGCCUCAGCCUGAAGACUGCAGCAUUGCGCUCCUUCCUCGAAAUCACGACAAGAACCGCUUCAUGGACAACCUCCCGCCUGACCGCUGCCUGCCCUUCCUCAUCACCAUCGACGGAGAGAGCAGCAACUACAUCAAUGCAGCGCUCAUGGAUCCGUCAGAAGAAUACCAGAGCUACAGGCAGCCGGCCGCAUUCAUCGUGACCCAGCAUCCGUUACCCAACACCGUCAAGGACUUCUGGAGGCUGGUGUAUGAUUAUGGAUGCACCUCCAUCGUCAUGCUAAACGAGAUCGAUUUGGCUCAGGGUUGUCCUCAGUACUGGCCGGAGGAGGGAAUGCUAAGAUACGGUCCUGUACAGGUGGACUGCAUAUCCUGUUCUAUGGACUGUGAUGUCAUUAGUCGCCUUUUCAGGAUAUGCAACCUGACCAGGCCUCAGGAAGGUUACCUGAUGGUCCGUCAGUUCCAGUACCUGGGAUGGGCAGGUCAUAGGGAAGUUCCCGCCUCCAAGCGCUCGUUCCUGAAGCUGAUCCUCCAGGUGGACAAAUGGCAGGAGGAAUGUGAGGAAGGCGAUGGACGCACUAUUAUACACUGCCUGAAUGGAGGUGGCCGCAGUGGGAUGUUCUGUGCCAUCAGUAUUGUGUGUGAAAUGAUAAAGCGGCAGAAUGUUGUUGACGUCUUUCAUGCUGUGAAGAGUCUGAGAAACAGCAAGCCCAAUAUGGUGGACAGCCCGGAGCAGUACCGCUUUUGCUAUGAUCUGGCUCUGGAGUACAUCGAGACAUUGUAAUGGAGACAUCAUCUCAUACAGACUCGUGUGUGUGUGUGUGUGUCUCAGCAGCACACACUCGGCUUAUUCUACAUGUGACACGGGGUGUGAGUGCCGUGUAAACGUCUCCAUUUGUGCAUCCGUGUUGACUUUCAUGAAAUUCAAGUGCCGGCCACCUGGUCGAGGUCAUGUUUUUUAUAUGAAUGCUUUAUUUUUUAUUUUUUAUUAUUUUGUGCAGCCAUUUGAAACAGUAAUCCCGAGCUGUUGCAUGCUGAAGACGCUCUUUAUUUCUUUGUGUCUAUCACUGUUCCUGUUAAUAACCAUGUAUAGUAGUACUCGUGUAAAUGGACAUUGUUUUGAAAUUGAUCGAGAGCGUGUGACUUUGGCUUGAGAAGACUGCAUUCCUCACUAAUGGCUGGCUUAUUAUGUGUUCUUUUGAUUUUUGGUAGCAGACGAUGAUCAUAAGCCAAAGACUUGUGUAAAUAUGUCUAUAGGGAUGAAGCACAUUGUUUGUAUUUAUUGUUUACUUGCAUUUUUGAAAGCUCAAAACAAUCAUGACCAUUCCCCGUGCAGCAGAAAUUUUCACUGCUUUGUAGAUUUUUAUGUAUGAGACAGACUUUAGUGUUAUUUUUGGUUGUAUUUGAAAAUUGUAUUUUCUCUUUCUUUUGAAAUCUUUUACAUGCUAUCGUGGUUUGUUUUACGUAACUGAUUGUGAAUUAUUCCUUUGCUGAGGAGAAAAGAGAAGUGCUCUAUUUUUUCUGAUGUUUUCACAUUUGUAUUGUGCUUGAAAUGGAAAAAAAUUUAAAUGAUGAAGUGUAUGCAUUAAAAUAUA